CACCAGUGACUUGAGGCCUUCUCUUGACGCCGAGUCGCCCUAUUCUGAGCUUUACAUUGAAUGAGGAAUUGAUGUAGGGGUUUUAUUUUUGAAAUUGCAAAUGUUAAAUGAGCAUUGCCUCACCCUGGCAGGAGAGAAUGUAAGAAUUGUAGGCGUCGUCACGACCGCUCACGGCGCCUGCAGUGACUGGGGCAGCUGAACUCCACGCGUCAGCAGCAGGAGCCUCCUCCUCCUCGGGUCAUUUUUUAUUCGACAAUAGAUCACGGAUCCAUGCAGCAGAGAGCGCGCCGGGCAGCUCGCGAGCCGAGACGGGGCCAACCAGAGGCUUAGAGACGAGGAGACAAAGAGCCGGGAAAAAGAGCAGGAGACGAGGAAGGGGACAAUCUAGAAAACAUUCAUUGACGCGUUCGUCGGUGAGAUCUGUGAGGGGCGGCGACAGAUCAGGGAGGGGAGGAGGCUGAGCAGGGGACCAUGAAAGGUUCAUAUGGAGAGGCGACACGACACGGGGCGGGGAGUGCAUCACUGCGAUAAGGAGGACGAGAGGACAAAGCGAACAGGCAGCGCACACGGCAUCACCAUCACUACUCCCCCACCAUCACCACCAUCACCCCCGUCACCAGAUUCACCAUCACCACCAUCACUACCCUCAUACCCGCCGGCGCGUCGGCGUGCGCGCUUGAUGCUGCUGUUUCAGCAGGGCAGGCUGCUGCUGCUGCUGUAUUGGGCAGGGAGGCUGUAGGAGUCGGGCGGGCUAGAGCAGUGGUGGUGGUGGGUGUAUGAGACUGCAGUCUCGGCUGGUGGAGUGAGCCAAGCGAGCGGGGAGUGCGGCAGGGCGGGCGGUGCGAGGCAGCAUGCUGUACGUGCAGCUGGUGCUGGGCGCUGGCACGGUGCUGCUCGCCUACCACCUCGAGUGCUCCGACACGUUCCCCGUGACGCAGCGCGGCUUCUUCUGCUGGGAGCGCGCCCUGGCGGCCCCGGACCCGGGCCCCGAGGCUCGGGGGGCCGUGCCCCCCGCCAUCCUCUACCCCGUCCUCGCCGCGCUGCCCUGCGCCACGAUUCUCGUCGUGGAGCUCGCCCAGUACGUGCUGGAGACCUCGGCCAAGCACGUCGUGUACGAGCCUCCACCCGAGGCGCCGGGGGACCACUGCCACGUGAACGCGCUGCUGCGCCGCAUCGGCAAGCUCGCCGGACUCUUUCUCUACGGCUUGGUCGCCACGGACAUUUUUGCCAACGUCGGGCAGGUGGUUAGCGGAGGGCUUACGCCGCACUUCCUGAGCGUGUGCAAGCCCAACUACACGGCGCUGCCCUGCCACGCCGCAGCGGUGGGGGUCGGCAGCAGCGGCGUCUUCAUCACGGACCCGGCGGCGUGCACCGGCAGUCCCGAGUUGGUGGCGCGCGCACGCCUCUCCUUCCCCUGCAAGGAGGCGGCCUUCAGCCUCUACUCGGCCGUCUACACCGUGCUGUACGUGACCAGCACGAGCAAGCGCUGGGGCAUCCGGCUCGUCAAGCCGACCUGCUGCCUGGGCCUCAUGGGCCUGGGUCUCAUCGUGGGCCUUGUGCGGAUCGGCGAGCACCGCAACCACUGGGCCGACGUCAUCACCGGCUACACCAUCGGCGCCGGCAUCGCCACUUUCCUGUGCUGCUGUGUGGUGGGGAACUUCAAGAGGAAGCGCUACACCAAGCCGUGGAAGAGCAAGCCGGCUGGGUUCCACGGUGCCAAGGUGUCCAGCCGAGGGAGCCAUCACGUGCACAUCACAAACUCGUUCCAGAAUCACCCGGCAGGCUUCCUGUCAGAAGUCCUGGAGCCGUGACGAGGGUUCCGACAGCAGCAGCGGCGGCGGCAGCAGCUCUCAAACUCUCAUCGUCGCACCUCCCUCCUUCAUCCUGUUGUUUAUUUACACAUUUGCUGCGAGGAUACACAGGCAUCAUUGUUACCUAGUUUACACCAAAAUAGAACAGACUGUGUGUGUGAGGGCAAGCUGUUGGGAGGUGUGAGGACUGGGAGUUGACAGCUGUGGUGCAGCAGCAUGAGAUGAUGCUGAUGCACACAAUGGUUAUUUGGCUUUAAUGCUCGGUGAUCUCUUGCUGCACAGACGGCCGUGCCAACCCCCUGUCCCUCCGACAGGAUUUUCGCCGAACACAGGAGGAGGCACUGAAGACAACAGCAGCACUUAGCCAUGAGCCUAACCCCGGCACGUCUGCCUCCACGCAGCCCACCGCUCUGACGGGACGCCGCACCACCGGGGCUGCAUGUCAUGGGGAGAGACCACAAUUCGAGUUGUUGGAGAGCCCUGGCAUUGUGAAGGGACACCGCUGGCGAUGAUCUGCAGGGGCUCUGCAUUCGUUUCUACAUUUGUCAUCUUCACCGCAUGGCGCAAGACAGUAAAGAGGGAAAUUUGACAAAUGUCGGGCUCAGAUUGUGCCAUGUGCACUGAAUUAGCGUGGCACUCAAAACACAUCCCAGGCAAACGCGCUCGCGCUUUUCAAAUGAGUACGUUUACUUGCACAUGUGCGCGUGUAAUUGCGCUGCAGUGUUGGUGCCAUUACGAAACAAUGCCCGUGUGCCAAUCGAUGCCGCUCAAGUAAAUCGGCAGUGGGCAGUGCUCUGGCAGCAGCAGUGGGAUGCACGACUCGUUGGAAAGGGGCUGCUCCUUCGCCGUGAGUCGGAUCGAGUUCGGUGUCGAGGCUCUCAGCAAUCCGGGCCGUCACGGCGCUCCGCCACCCCACGCUCUCACGGCGCGUGAUGCAUUCACCCCGCGUGAUGCCUGCCUACUGCACGUCCGUGCUGGGGUUCACCAAUGUCGAGUGUGCUGGACGGUUAGCCACGACGGCGGCGUCAAGCGAGAAACCCCACAGAGUCUUCACUUUUCACAAAUUGUACGGCGAUUUUUAUUCCUGCGGAGACGUUGUGGGUUUCACGAUUGCUAACCCCGCGUGCAACGUCUGAUCUGUUGUUGGUAAACGACGUUUGGUUCGGAGACAAUACUCGCGACACUCGUUACUCGGCGUGACUUCAGAUAGAACGCGAUCAGUGCCAUCCCUGUGCGACCGUGUAAAUGAAUGAUUCCAUGGCUGCCGACAUCUCCAUAUGUUCACUGACACGGAAAGUCUCGACUGGAAGGGAACACAAAGUACAUGGACAAGGCAAGAAUGUGCGGUGGCUCGGCGGGAGAGCACGGAGCCAGCACGGAGCCAGCACGGAGCCAGCACGGAGCCAGCACGGAGCCAGCACGGAGCCAGCACGGAGCCAGCAGCACCGCGGAGACGUUAGUUCGAUUCCAGGCGGUGUUAGUCCGUGAUCUGUGCGGAGCAAGUCUGCGCCAUGCCUGAACCGGGAUGUCACCACUCUGCGCAACACGAAGUGGCUUCUGGCACUGGAGCGCGCCCUUGCCGCCGCAAACCCACGGUCCACCAGGAUGGCGGUGGCUUGUGGUGCACGUGAGCUCGAGGGUUGCUCCAAGAGUCCGGAGAAAUAUAAGCGCAGUUGACAAAACUCUCGCGUUUGGGGUUCCUCCCGUCCGCGUUUGCCAGAGAAAAGUCUCGACGUUGAGGUCGGGAUCAAGGCAGCAUGACCAUCUCCACGUUUCCCAGCUAAAGGCUGAACUCUACGUUUUGAGGCAGGGUUCAUUUCACAGAUGCUGAUAAUUCCCGGUCCCUCUGGGUUUGACCCGAGACUGAUCGUGAAUUGGCACCACCGGCGUUCGGGUGACAAGAAUCUAUACCCAGAUCUGGUACCGGUGUUGUGUGUUUAACUGCGUUGCAGUGAACUGUGGUUGUGACAGACCAAGGUUGGCUGAAGAAUACGUCCCACUUUGGUCUAAAGUGGGAAGUUGGCAACCCUCAUUCUAUGCUUUCAAGCUGUGUGGUCCAGCAACCAAUUCCAUUUGCCCAUUCACGUAUCAUUGUGCUUACAGUGUGGCCAUAUUCGUCAACAUUUUGUCAUUCUUGGUGGAGCUGAAGCUGCCGCACACACGCGUCUUGUACAAAAGUGCACGUGCACACUUUAUAUAAGCUUGGCUGUCAUGCGAGGCGUGGCCUGGGCAUUUAUAUUAUUUGAACUUCUUCUCUUGGAGCGGACAUUUCCUGCUUUAAGUUUUUAUGAUUAUUUCAGUAUUCCUUUGUAUUUAAUUUAUUGUAUUGAAUUUAUUGUGUUUAAUUUAUUUCAGGAGCUGGAAGCCUUCAGAGUUGACAGCUCGGGAAUCUGCCUGUGAACCGCAGGAGCGAUGAGGUGGUGCAGCAUUAGCGACGUCUGCAUUUUGACGGCAUCACCUGCCCUGGUAAAGGUCACGAUACAUUGGGGCAAUAAUCCCCGGCACCCGCCACACUCCCUCUAGUGGGUGGCCGUGUUGGGAAAUUCCAAUCGGAUCUUGGAGGCCGCAUGACGUUCUGUGCCCAGUGGACCGAUCAUUGCUCCAUCAUUCACCUUUCAGCCCACUCUCUUGUCAUUGGCUGGAUACGGCUCAGGCAUCGGUGCUCACAGUAAACGCGCUGUCAGGGACAACCACCGUUAACAUUUACCCCCAAAAUACCCCCAAUAUAUCAUUGUGUAUCUACUGACGUGGCACAGCCUGCACUAUCACUGAGACGCCUGUAGCUUCAGGAAUGCUUAUGGGCACUGGGUCGAUGGAGAUCCACAGCAGAGCAAGCGGCUCAGAGGCGUCAUCCCGUUGCCAUUGGCUCUCUACCCGGUGCGGCAACCAAUCCUCUCCUCGACAAAUUAACCUGUCACCCUCACCAAUGACUUGACCCUUCACAUGCCAGCCUGCGGUACGUGUGUGUGUACGUCGAACCGUGCGUAGACAACCGUGCUGAUCGGAGGUGAGGGGGUGGUCCCCUUACCCUCCACGCCCUCUGAUUCCCCUCCACCCCACACUCACCGUGAUCCCGCUACCCUGACCCACACUCGAGUUCACCCUUCACCGUCCCCUCUUAGCCCCUGUCCUGCUGAGCGUGCCAGGGUGCCGAGGCCCGGGUCGCCGCUCUGUAUCCAAUUCACAUCUUGCCGCUGCUGCUGUUGCUUACGCAGGGAGUACAGAAGGAGUAGGAAGAGAGUCGCUGUAAUUAGUUUAGAGUCUUUACGAGAUCUGAUUUUUUUCUUUAGAUGUUGAGUCGUACUUGAAUGGUCAAAGUACAUCAAUGCAUGUAUGUAAUGUGAACAUUACUUAGAGAAACUGAAUGCAACUCGCAGUGCGGCUGUCGCCCUGGGAGGCAGUGAUCCACUGCGGCAAUUUUAGGGCAAACAAUUAUCGCAGAAUUUCCCGUGGUAAACAAAAACAAUCCUUUCUGAAUAAACCUGUGGGUAGUGGUGGUGUGGCGUGAUGGUGUGCUAGCAAGGUGUGGCGUGAUGGUGUGAAGGGCCACACUUGGGCCAUGAUGGGCCUCUGAUCCAUUUAAGAAGAUUCACAUCAAUCACGAAUGUAUUGUACACUAACCCCAGCAUUGCUAAGCACACACGCGUACACACACACGCGUACAGACGGCAGUUAUUGACUUUGAAGAUAACUCUGUCACUCCGUUCUGUUUCCUGCCAAAUUACCACAGUAGCUCACGGUUAAUGUGUUGCUUGUAACGGUUGCCGGCAACGGUUGCCCGUAAAUGUACCCGAGGGGAUGACGGCCGCAUUGGCGACGUGCCCAGGGAGAGGCGUGCGAUGUUGGGCGGUCGAGACUCCCCGUGUCGCCCCCCCCCCAGCCCCCCUCCCCGCUCCGGGGGUUGUGAUGAGAGAUCGCAUUGCUGCUGAUAUGCGGCCUCGCUCCAAUUGCUUCACGUUCUUCUCUCGCGAUUCGCAUCAAUGGUGAAUAAUCUCUUCUCUGAAACGCGCGGCGGAUAUUCGACGAUGUUUCUGCUGUUGCAGACACCGUGAGUGAAGGAGCAGAAUCGUUAAAUCCAUCGGUGUGGCGCGAUACCGCCGAGGCCCCCACCUCUGGCUGUGGGGGCCUCGGCCGCCCCCGCUGGCACGAGCGCGCGGUGGGCGACUGCGAUUUGGACUCGAAGUGAAGUGGUGUUUUUUAUAACAAAGUUUUGUAAAUUAAAUACACGAGUGUAUUGGCAAUCAAUAGCAAUGUGGUGUGUUGGGGGGGGGGGUCUUUGUGAUUGAACCCUAAGUGGAGGUGCCCCCACAAAAGCAAUACCGAGGGGGGGAGCCCCUCUGCUGCCCGGGCCGCGAGUCUCGAGGUUCGCGGCCGUGCCACGGGGCUGACUUCUCUCGGCGUCUUACAAUCAACAGGAAGAGGGGACACGUCACAGGAUUGACUUGUUUAUACUCGAUGUGGACGCAAAUUCACGACACUUUGCAUUGUCAUUUAUUGUCACGUGUUUGCUAUAUUGUUUUGAAAAUAAAAAUGCGAAAUGCCAAGUGUCGAUUUUU